AUGAGGCGCAGCCUGAGGAAGAUGCUGAGCCCUGGGAAGCAGGAGGAGCCCCAGGGCGCAGUCUACCAGGGCGUGGAGAACGACAUGGACGACUCCAAGGACUCGCUUAAGGUGGUUUUUGAAGGAAGUACAUGUAGAUUUAAAAACCUUAUGAAGAAACAAAAGAAAUUAAGCAAAUAUGAUGAUAUGAAUGCAUCCCCUUUGCACCAUGCUGCAGAAGAAGGUCAAGCGGAGCUGAUGGAGAUGAUCAUCAAUGACUCCUCUUUCGAAGUGCUGAAUGUGAUGGAUGAUUAUGGAAAUACCCCUCUGCACUGGGCUGCAGAAAAAAACCAGGUUGAAAGUGUUAAGUUUCUUCUUAGUAAAGGAGCUAAUCCAAACCUCCGAAACAGCAACAUGAUGGCACCCCUUCACAUAGCUGUGCAGAGCUUGCACAAUGAGGUGAUGAAGGUCUUGACUGAACACAGCAGCACAGAUAUUAAUUUGGAAGGAGAAAAUGGAAACACAGCUGUGAUAAUCGCAUGUUCCAAAGACAACAGUGAAGCACUGCAAAUCUUGUUAAAUAAGGGAGCUAAGCCAUGUAAAUCAAAUAAAUGGGGAUGUUUCCCUAUUCACCAGGCUGCGUUCUCAGGUGCCAAAAAAUGCAUGGAAAUAAUAUUAAAGUUUGGUGAAGAACAUGGAUAUAGCAGACAGUCUCACAUUAACUUUGUGAAUAAUGGAAAAUCUAGUCCCCUGCACAUGGCUGUUCAAAGUGGUGACUUGGAGAUGAUUAAAAUGUGCUUGGACAACGGUGCCCAUUUGGAACUGAUGGAAAAUGGGAAGUGCACACCCCUCCAUUUUGCUGCCACCCAGGGAGCCACUGAGAUUGUUAAAUUGAUGAUAUCCUCCUAUUCUGGUAGCAGUGAUAUUGUCAACGCAGUGGAUGGAAAUCAUGAGACACUCCUUCACAGAGCCUCACUAUUUGAUCACCAUGAGCUAGCAGACUACUUAAUUUCAGUGGGAGCAGAUAUUAAUAGCACUGAUUCGGAAGGACGUUCUCCACUUAUAUUAGCAACUGCUUCUGCAUCUUGGAAUAUUGUAAAUUUACUACUCUCUAAAGGUGCCCGUGUAGACAUAAAAGAUCAUCUUGGACGUAAUUUUUUGCAUUUAACUGUACAGCAACCUCAUGGAUUAAAAAAUCUGCAACCUGAGUUUAUGCAGAUGCAACAUAUUAAAAAGCUGGUAAUGGAUGAAGAUGAUGAUGGGUGUACCCCUCUACAUUAUGCAUGUAGACAUGGGAUUCCUGUCUCUGUAAAUAACCUACUUGACUUUAAUGUAUCCAUUCAUUCUAAAAGCAAAGAUAAGAAAUCACCCUUACAUUUUGCAGCCAGUUACGGGCGAAUCAACACCUGUCAGAGGCUUCUGCAAGACAUGAGUGACACGAGGCUUUUGAAUGAAGGUGAUCUUCAUGGAAUGACACCUCUCCACCUGGCAGCAAAAAAUGGGCAUGAUAAAGUAGUCCGACUUCUUCUGAAAAAAGGUGCAUUAUUUCUCAGUGACCACAAUGGCUGGACUGCUUUGCAUCAUGCUUCCUUAGGCGGGUACACUCAGACCAUGAAGGUCAUUCUUGACACUAACUUGAAGUGCACAGAUCAGCUAGAUGAAGAAGGGAACACUGCACUUCACUUUGCUGCGAGGGAAGGCCAUGCCAAAGCUGUUGCACUUCUUCUGAGCUACGAUGCUGACAUUGUUCUGAACAAGGAGCAGGCCUCCUUUUUGCAUGUUGCGAUUCACAAUAAGAGGAAGGAGGUGGUUCUUACCACCAUCAAGAACAAAAGAUGGGAAGAAUGCCUUAAGGUUUUUAGUCAUUAUUCUCCAAGCAAUAAAUGUCCAGUCAUGGAAAUGGUAGAAUACCUCCCUGAAUGCAUGAAAGUCCUUUUAGAUUGCUGCAUAAUACCCUCCACAGGAGACAAGUCUUGCCCAGACUACCAUAUUGAGUAUAAUUUCACAUAUCUUCAGUGUCCAUUAGAAUUUACCAAGAAAGUAACACCUGCACAGGAUGUUACAUAUGAGCCUCUUACAACCCUCAACGUAAUGGUACAACAUAACCGCAUAGAACUUCUCAACCAUCCUGUUUGUAAAGAAUACUUACUUAUGAAAUGGUUGGCUUAUGGGUUUAGAGCCCAUGUUAUGAAUUUAGGAUCUUACUGUAUUGGUCUCCUGCCUAUGACCUUUCUUGUUAUCAGUAUAAAGCCAGGUAUGGCUUUCAACUCAACUGGAAUCAUCAAUGAAACUAGUGAUCAUUCAGAAAUCUUAGACACCAAGAAUUCAUAUUUUAUAAAAGUUUGCAUGAUUUUAGUUUUUUUAUCAAGUAUAUUUGGAUAUUGCAAAGAAGUGGUCCAAAUUUUCCAACAGAAAAGGAACUAUAUUUUGGAUCAUGCCAAUGCAGUUGAAUGGAUUAUCUAUACAACAAGCAUCAUUUUUGUGUCACCCUUAUUCAUUGGUAUACCAGCUUCUGUGCAGUGGCAAUGUGGAGCGAUUGCUAUAUACUUCUACUGGAUGAACUUCUUAUUAUAUCUUCAGAGAUUUGAAAAUUGUGGAAUUUUCAUCGUUAUGUUAGAGGUAAUUAUGAAAACCUUGUUGAGGUCUACAGUCGUGUUUGUCUUCCUUCUUCUGGCUUUUGGCCUCAGCUUUUAUGUCCUCCUGAGUUUGCAGGAUGCGUUCAGCUCUCCAUUGCUUUCUAUAAUCCAGACCUUCAGCAUGAUGCUAGGAGAUAUUAAUUAUCGCGAUGCCUUCCUAGAACCGUUCCUGAGAAACGAAUUGGCAUAUCCAGUUCUGUCCUUUGUACAGAUUAUUGCUUUUACCAUGUUUGUCCCAAUUGUACUCAUGAAUUUACUUAUUGGUUUGGCAGUUGGUGACAUUGCAGAGGUCCAGAAGCAUGCAUUGUUGAAGAGGAUUGCUAUGCAGGUGGAACUUCAUACCAGCUUAGAGAAGAAGCUGCCCCUCUGGUUCCUACGCAAAGUAGAUCAGAAAUCCAUCAUUGUGUAUCCCAACAGACCCAGAUGUACAGGGUUAUUAUGUAUAUUUCAUUUUAUUUUUUACAUCAAAGAAACAAGACAGGAAAUUCCAAAUGUUGACACAUCUCUAGAAAUAGAAAUAUUGAAGCAGAAAUAUCGGCUGAAGGAUCUCACUUCUCUUCUGGAAAAACAGCAUGAGCUUAUUAAACUCAUCAUUCAGAAGAUGGAAAUCAUCUCUGAGACAGAGGAUGAAGAUAAUCAUAGUUUUUUUCAAGACAGGUUUAAAAAAGAAUGGUUAGAACAAAGGAAUAGCAAGUGGAAAUCUGUGUUGAAAGCAGUAAAGACAAACACACACAGCCCUUCACAUUAGCCUGCAGUGGGUCUUCCUGUGGGGUGGGGAGGGGCAGUUUGCAUGACCCUGCCGGGUCCAAUUUCCAGUUUGACAAAAGUGAGGAAAAAGCAGAAAUAUUC